UGUAGAGGGUUUUUUGAUAAGACAGGCAACGAACAUCUUCUUUCCGCAACAUCUCAUCUACAAGACAAGUAAUAGUCGAUAUUCAAGCCAAGGAAACUUAACGGGACAUGUAAAGGCUCACCAAUAUAUGAUACAUUUGUACUGUCUCUAAGUGGCCAGAAUGAUCCUACAAACGGUCCAAAGCCUUGGCGUGGUGGUUAUUCUCUGUUUGUCUUUAGAGAUCUUGCAAGCGCAAGCCGACAAUCCAGAAACAACCCAACCAUCCGUGUACAACCAGGGUACUAAUAACUCCAUCUACAUCAAUUGGACUGCCCCCUCUGGAAAUGUGGAGAAAUAUAUUGUUCUUCUGAACAGCAGUGAUGGCGAGACAUCCAACCAGACACUUAACUCCGCUUUCAAUGGCACAAAUAUUUUCACCGUGACAUUCAAUGACCUGUCAGCUGGGACCUUAUACACAGUUAUUGUUUCAUCCGUCAGUGGGCCGUUUGAUCAGAGAUCUGAACCAGUAUCAAUAGCAACCUAUCCAAACCCUCCAGGAGAGAUUGUGAUAGUGAACAAAACUACACAUUCAAUCACAAUAGAGUGGGGUGCUGCCCCACUGAUGGCUGAAGGUUCACACUCAUAUAAUGUGACGUACUCAAAUUCCUCUCACAGUGACAGUGUAAUGACACUUAAUACAGAAAAUACCAGCGUGGUCCUGUCUGACCUUCUAUCAGGCACCCCCUAUAAUAUCUCUGUGGUGACAGUGGGACCCCAAGACUUGAGGAGUGAGGCUGUCCAAAGCAUUCAGAUCACAACAAGACCAUAUCCAGCGACUGAUCUAAAUGCCACAGCACUGAGUACCUCUGCUGUCUCUCUGAAAUGGACUCAACCACGUGAACACCAGACCAGUUACACAUACCAUGUCCACACCUCAGACUGCAUAUCACCCUCCUCAAAUCAAACAGUUAACAUCACAGAGGCCGAUAUCACAAAUCUGACACCGGGAACAAACUGCUUGUUCAGUGUUUAUGUGCAGGCGCGGGAUGGCACAGAGGGAGAGUCAGUCUCAGAACACCAAUACACACAUCCAGAAACAACCCAACCAUCCGUGUACAACAAGGGUACUAAUAACUCCAUCUACAUCAAUUGGACUGCCCCCUCUGGAUAUGUGGAGAAAUAUAUUGUUCUUCUGAACAGCAGUGAUGGCGAGACAUCCAACCAGACACUUAACUCCCCUUUCAAUGGCACAAAUAUUUUCACUGUGACAUUCAAUGACCUGUCAGCUGGGACCUUAUACACAGUUAUUGUUUCAUCCGUCAGUGGGCCGUUUGAUCAGAGAUCUGAACCAGUAUCAAUAGCAACCUAUCCAAACCCUCCAGGAGAGAUUGUGAUAGUGAACAAAACUACACAUUCAAUCACAAUAGAGUGGGGUGCUGCCCCACUGAUGGCUGAAGGUUCACACUCAUAUAAUGUGACGUACUCAAAUUCCUCUCACAGUGACAGUGUAAUGACACUUAAUACAGAAAAUACCAGCGUGGUCCUGUCUGACCUUCUAUCAGGCACCCCCUAUAAUAUCUCUGUGGUGACAGUGGGACCCCAAGACUUGAGGAGUGAGGCUGUCCAAAGCAUUCAGAUCACAACAAGACCAUAUCCAGCGACUGAUCUAAAUGCCACAGCACUGAGUACCUCUGCUGUCUCUCUGAAAUGGACUCAACCACGUGAACACCAGACCAGUUACACAUACCAUGUCCACACCUCAGACUGCAUAUCACCCUCCUCAAAUCAAACAGUUAACAUCACAGAGGCCGAUAUCACAAAUCUGACACCGGGAACAAACUGCUUGUUCAGUGUUUAUGUGCAGGCGCGGGAUGGCACAGAGGGAGAGUCAGUCUCAGAACACCAAUACACACGACCAGAAACAACCCAACCAUCCGUGUACAACCAGGGCAUUAAUAACUCAAUCUACAUCAAUUGGACUGCCCCCUCUGGAAAUGUGGAGAAAUAUAUUGUUCUUCUGAACAGCAGUGAUGGCGAGACAUUCAACCAGACACUUAGCUCCCCUUUCAAUGGCAAAAAUAUUUUCACCGUGACAUUCAAUGACCUGUCAGCUGGGACCUUAUACACAGUUAUUGUUUCAUUCAUCAGUGGGCCGUUUGAUCAGAGAUCUGAACCAGUAUCAAUAACAACCUAUCUAAAACCUCCAGGAGAGAUUGUGAUAGUGAACAAGACUACACAUUCAAUCACAAUAGAGUGGGGUGCUGCCCCACUGAUGGCUGAAGGUUCACACUCAUACACUGUGAAGUACUCAAACUCCUCUCACAGUGACAGUAUACAGACACUUCAUACAAGCGUGGUCCUGCCUAAUCUUCUAUCAGGCACCCCCUAUGAUAUCUCUGUGGUGACAGUGGGACCCCAAGACUUGAGGAGUGAGGCUGUCCAAAGCAAUCAGAUCACAACAAGACCAUAUCCAGUGACUGGUCUAAGUGCCACAGCACCGAGUACCUCUGCUGUCCUUCUGAAAUGGACUGAACCACAGGAACACCAGACCAGUUACACAUAUCGUGUCCACACCUCAAACUGCAUAUCUACCUCCUCAAAUCAAACAGUUAACAUCACAGAGGCCGAUAUCACAAAUCUGACACCGGGAACAAAGUGCUUGUUCAGUGUUUAUGUGCGGGCGCGGGAUGGCACAGAGGGAGAGUCAGUCUCAGAACACCAAUACACACGACCAGAAACAACCCAACCAUCCGUGUACAACCAGGGCACUAAUAACUCAAUCUACAUCAAUUGGACUGCCCCCUCUGGAAAUGUGGAGAAAUAUAUUGUUCUUCUGAACAGCAGUGAUGGCGAGACAUUCAACCAGACACUUAGCUCCCCUUUCAAUGGCACAAAUAUUUUCACCGUGACAUUCAAUGACCUGUCAGCUGGGACCUUAUACACAGUUAUUGUUUCAUUCAUCAGUGGGCCGUUUGAUCAGAGAUCUGAACCAGUAUCAAUAGCAACCUAUCCAAACCCUCCAGGAGAGAUCGUGAUAAUGAACAAGACUACACAUUCAAUCACAAUAGAGUGGGGUGCUGCCCCACUGAUGGCUGAAGGUUCACACUCAUACACUGUGAAGUACUCAAACUCCUCUCACAGUGACAGUAUACAGACACUUCAUACAAGCGUGGUCCUGCCUAAUCUUCUAUCAGGCACCCCCUAUGAUAUCUCUGUGGUGACAGUGGGACCCCAAGACUUGAGGAGAGAGGCUGUCCAAAGCAAUCAGAUCACAACAAGACCAUAUCCAGUGACUGGUCUAAGUGCCACAGCACCGAGUACCUCUGCUGUCCUUCUGAAAUGGACUGAACCACAGGAACACCAGACCAGUUACACAUAUCGUGUCCACACCUCAAACUGCAUAUCUACCUCCUCAAAUCAAACAGUUAACAUCACAGAGGCCGAUAUCACAAAUCUGACACCGGGAACAAAGUGCUUGUUCAGUGUUUAUGUGCGGGCGCGGGAUGGCACAGAGGGAGAGACAGUCUCAGUACACCAAUACACACGACCAGAAACAACCCAACCAUCCGUGUACAACCAGGGCACUAAUAACUCAAUCUACAUCAAUUGGACUGCCCCCUCUGGAAAUGUGGAGAAAUAUAUUGUUCUUCUGAACAGCAGUGAUGGCGAGACAUUCAACCAGACACUUAGCUCCCCUUUCAAUGGCACAAAUAUUUUCACCGUGACAUUCAAUGACCUGUCAGCUGGGACCUUAUACACAGUUAUUGUUUCAUUCAUCAGUGGGCCGUUUGAUCAGAGAUCUGAACCAGUAUCAAUAGCAACCUAUCCAAACCCUCCAGGAGAGAUUGUGAUAAUGAACAAGACUACACAUUCAGUCACAAUAGAGUGGGGUGCUGCCCCACUGAUGGCUGAAGGUUCACACUCAUACACUGUGAAGUACUCAAACUCCUCUCACAGUGACAGUAUACAGACACUUAAUACCAGCGUGGUCCUGCCUAAUCUUCUAUCAGGCACCCCCUAUGAUAUCUCUGUGGUGACAGUGGGACCCCAAGACUUGAGGAGUGAGGCUGUCCAAAGCAAUCAGAUCACAACAAGACCAUAUCCAGUGACUGGUCUAAGUGCCACAGCACCGAGUACCUCUGCUGUCCUUCUGAAAUGGACUGAACCACAGGAACACCAGACCAGUUACACAUAUCGUGUCCACACCUCAAACUGCAUAUCUACCUCCUCAAAUCAAACAGUUAACAUCACAGAGGCCGAUAUCACAAAUCUGACACCGGGAACAAAGUGCUCGUUCAGUGUUUAUGUGCGGGCGCGGGAUGGCACAGAGGGAGAGUCAGUCUCAGAACACCAAUACACACGACCAGAAACAACCCAACCAUCCGUGUACAACCAGGGCACUAAUAACUCAAUCUACAUCAAUUGGACUGCCCCCUCUGGAAAUGUGGAGAAAUAUAUUGUUCUUCUGAACAGCAGUGAUGGCGAGACAUUCAACCAGACACUUAGCUCCCCUUUCAAUGGCACAAAUAUUUUCACCGUGACAUUCAAUGACCUGUCAGCUGGGACCUUAUACACAGUUAUUGUUUCAUUCAUCAGUGGGCCGUUUGAUCAGAGAUCUGAACCAGUAUCAAUAGCAACCUAUCCAAACCCUCCAGGAGAGAUCGUGAUAAUGAACAAGACUACACAUUCAAUCACAAUAGAGUGGGGUGCUGCCCCACUGAUGGCUGAAGGUUCACACUCAUACACUGUGAAGUACUCAAACUCCUCUCACAGUGACAGUAUACAGACACUUAAUACAAGCGUGGUCCUGCCUAAUCUUCUAUCAGGCACCCCCUAUUAUAUCUCUGUGGUGACAGUGGGACCCCAAGACUUGAGGAGUGAGGCUGUCCAAAGCAAUCAGAUCACAACAAGACCAUAUCCAGUGACUGGUCUAAGUGCCACAGCACCGAGUACCUCUGCUGUCCUUCUGAAAUGGACUGAACCACAGGAACACCAGACCAGUUACACAUAUCGUGUCCACACCUCAAACUGCAUAUCUACCUCCUCAAAUCAAACAGUUAACAUCACAGAGGCCGAUAUCACAAAUCUGACACCGGGAACAAAGUGCUUGUUCAGUGUUUAUGUGCGGGCGCGGGAUGGCACAGAGGGAGAGUCAGUCUCAGAACACCAAUACACACGACCAGAAACAACCCAACCAUCCGUGUACAACCAGGGCACUAAUAACUCAAUCUACAUCAAUUGGACUGCCCCCUCUGGAAAUGUGGAGAAAUAUAUUGUUCUUCUGAACAGCAGUGAUGGCGAGACAUUCAACCAGACACUUAGCUCCCCUUUCAAUGGCAAAAAUAUUUUCACCGUGACAUUCAAUGACCUGUCAGCUGGGACCUUAUACACAGUUAUUGUUUCAUUCAUCAGUGGGCCGUUUGAUCAGAGAUCUGAACCAGUAUCAAUAGCAACCUAUCCAAACCCUCCAGGAGAGAUUGUGAUAAUGAACAAGACUACACAUUCAAUCACAAUAGAGUGGGGUGCUGCCCCACUGAUGGCUGAAGGUUCACACUCAUACACUGUGAAGUACUCAAACUCCUCUCACAGUGACAGUAUACAGACACUUCAUACAAGCGUGGUCCUGCCUAAUCUUCUAUCAGGCACCCCCUAUUAUAUCUCUGUGGUGACAGUGGGACCCCAAGACUUGAGGAGUGAGGCUGUCCAAAGCAAUCAGAUCACAACAAGACCAUAUCCAGUGACUGGUCUAAGUGCCACAGCACUGAGUACCUCUGCUGUCUCUCUGAAAUGGACUCAACCACGUGAACACCAGGCCAGUUACACAUACCGUGUCCACACCUCAAACUGCAUAUCACCCUCCUCAAAUCAAACAGUUCACAUCACAGAGGCCGAUAUCACAAAUCUGACACCAGGAACAAAGUGCUUGUUCAGUGUUUAUGUGCGGGCGCGGGAUGGCACAGAGGGAGAGUCAGUCUCAGAACACCAAUACACACGACCUCAAAGUGUAACGUUAUUGAAACCACAGAUUAGUCAGACAUCAAUAAAAAUACAUUGGGAAGCCCCUGCAGAUUUCGGAGAAACAUAUCAGUUCAGAGUUCUGAUGCGCAAUUUGACUUCAAUCAUAACAAAUAUAUCCACGGCAUCUGUCAGCCAUUUUGAAGGGAAUCUCGAACCUGGUUGUGAAUAUGACUUUAAUGUUACUACACUUACAUCUGACCAAACAGAGGGAAAGCCUGUGGGUCAACGAUUUUGCACAGAUACUAGACCGGUUUCUGCAAGCUUUACGUGUGAAGGACCAAACCAAACUGCCGCCAUGCUCAGGCUAAACUGGGCCAAGCCUGAUGGCUGUUAUAGUGCAUUCCAGAUUGAAGCAAAUAAGAAGACCCAGAACUUCAGUAAAGAAACCUGUGGCACAGUUUGUCAGUACAACGUUACUGAGCUCUCCUACUUUGAAGACUAUGAAGUGAGCAUAUCAACUCUCGGGUGUGGGAAAAACAGCGUGCACAAGGUCACUUGUAAAACAGGAAUCACAGCACCGCCUCUUCUGCUUAACCCAGGACAGUAUGUGGAAAAAAAUGAAACGCACUAUAAGUCAUUUAGCCUUUUCUUCCACACCAGUCUCCUGAAUAGUUCUCAUGGACCAGUUACACACUAUGGUUUACUGUUGACGACCAAUCCAAACAAGAAUAACACCGUCAAAGACGAUAUGAAUAACACUUAUGAUGACUGGAAAACAGACAAAACGAAAUCAUACCUAACGGUUUUAAAGAAAAAAGAACACAAAUAUUGGGGUAUCGAGGACCCAAUCUAUGUUUUUGUGGGAGAUGAUGAUACUCAAAAUCUGAGCAAAACCACAAGCUACAAAAAUGGACAGCUGACGUUCAAUCAGCCCUAUAGAUAUGCUGUCGUAGUGUUUACGCAACUGAGUAUGUCUUCGGAUGGCCGAGUGAAUGUCUCAAAAUCCAUUUUCUCUAUGACGUCAUUUUCUAUGGAAGCCAUCACGUUACUUAAAGAGCCAGUUAAUAUAGGCACCCCUGUGGCGGCUGCCUUAGGAGUUUUAGUGUGCCUUCUGUCCGUCUGUAUCAUUCUCUUUAUUUACUGGAGAAGACAAACCAAAAAGCUCUCAUCGAGCAUUGCCAUUAACACCUUAAGGUCUAAAGUUAGCCUCCCUGUGAAAAUAGAGGAAUAUGAGGCUUACUACAAGCAACAGCGAGCUAACUCAGACCGUGGCUUUGCCGAGGAGUUUGAGGAGCUGAAAUCUGUUGGUGUCGCCCAAGCUAAUACUAGCGCUCUUGCUGUCGAAAACAAGGGGAAAAACCGGUAUAUCAAUGUGCUGCCCUAUGAGAUUUCCAGAGUGAAAUUAUCCAUCCUUGGAAGCCCUUACGAUGACUACAUCAAUGCCAACUACAUCCCUGGCCACAACUCCCGAAAAGAGUUUAUUGCAGCACAAGGGCCUUUACCGAACACAGUUGAUGACUUCUGGAGAAUGAUCUGGGAGCAGAAUGUUCAUACCAUGGUUAUGCUGACGAAAUGCAAUGAGCAAGGACGUGUUAAGUGUGAAGAAUACUGGCCAUCUGAGAGCAAGCAUUACAACAACAUCACUGUGACAACCACUUCUGAAAUCUCAGUGGAUGAGUGGACCAUAAGAGACUUUGAUGUCAAAAAUGUAAAGACAGCUGAGACUCGCUCCGUCCGGCACUUCCACUUCACAGCCUGGCCUGACCACGGCGUGCCAGAAACCCCCGAACUCCUUAUUGAUUUCAGAUUCCUGGUAAGGGAGCACAUGGACCAGUAUUCGCGACACUCCCCAACGGUGGUGCACUGCAGUGCCGGAGUUGGGCGAACGGGAACCUUCGUCGCGCUCGACAGAUUGAUUUUCCAGAUCGAACGGGAAAGCGUCGCGGACGUCUACGGAGUUGUCCAUGACAUGCGAAUGCAGAGGCCUCUCAUGGUACAGACAGAGGACCAGUAUGUGUUCAUUCAUCAGUGUGUAAUGGAUAUUAUCAAAUCAAGAACAGGAACCAAUGUGGACCUUAUCUACCAAAACUCAGCAGCACUCUGAGAGUGUUUCUCCCAAAACAUAAUUAAGGUGAACAGGAUUUGUUCUUCAGCUGCAAGAUUAAACUGCAAGAGAUUCUGGAAUGUCAAAUAAAACAUCAGAUGUACAUAUAUUUACAAGAAAUACCAAGGUUAAAAAUUUGAAUGAGGGUAGAAGUGACAUAUUUCAUUUUUGCAAUGAAACACCUCAGAUGCAACCAGUGCGUUGUAAAUACUAUGUAGGUACUAUGUGUUGUUACAGUGAAUUGGCUGUGGAUAGUAACCAACAGGUUACAAAAUGCAAAAUGUACUGUGUCUAUAAAUAAUACUAUUUUGUUGAAGUUUGAAAUUGUAGAUGUGC